CCGCCAGAGGAGGAGAGCUUGGAGUCUCGCGUCAGUGAGUCAUACGAUGCUUUUACUGCUAUAACGACUCAAUACGUGACCAAUUUACUUUCAGAAAACUGAGACAAAGCCACCAACCCUCGGAACAAGGAGACGGACUGGGACAGUAUCCAGGGCUUCUGUGAACAGCUCAACAGUGAGCCUGAAGGUCCUCAACUGGCUACCAGACUUUUGGCACACAAGAUCCAGUCACCCCAAGAAUGGGAGGCCAUGCAAGCACUAAUGGUCCUAGAGAUGUGCAUGAAGAACUGUGGGAAGAGAUUCCACAAUGAAGUGGGCAAAUUCCGCUUCCUCAACGAGCUCAUCAAGGUGGUCUCACCCAAGUACCUGGGUACUCGGGCCCCAGAGCCAGUGAAGAAGAAGGUUCUGGAGGUGAUGUUCAGUUGGACGGUGGGCCUGCCUGACGAGCCCAAGAUAGCAGACGCCUACCAGAUGCUUAAGAAACAAGGCAUUGUGAAGCAGGACCCGGUACUUCCUGAUGAGCCCCUCCCACCCCCUCCGCCCAGAACUAAGAGCGUCAUCUUUGAGGAUGAGGAGAAGUCCAAGAUGCUGUCUCGGCUUUUGAAUAGCACUCACCCUGAAGAUCUAAGAGCAGCAAACAAACUCAUUAAGGAAAUGGUGCAGGAGGACCAGAAGCGAAUGGAGAAGGUGUCUAAGCGUGUGAACGCCAUCCAGGAGGUGAAGGAGAGUGUGGGCCUGCUGACCCAGCUACUGGGAGACUAUAGCAAGGAGAGCAGCUCCCAGAGCAAUCAGGAACUCAUCAAGGACCUAUACCAGAGCUGUGAAAAGAUGAGGCCUACUUUGUUCCGAUUGGCUAGCGACACAGAGGACAACGAUGAGGCCUUGGCUGACAUCCUGCAGGCCAAUGACAGCCUGACGCAGGUCAUCAACCUGUACAGACAGCUGGUGAAGGGAGAAGAGGUGAACGGAGACAGCACAGCCAUGCCCACACUACUAGGAAGUAGCACAGCCCUCCUAGACCUGACAGGGUUGGACACCUCGCACACCGGACUUCCCUCCUACCCAGACACCCCCUCACUACAGACCCCGUCACAAGAACUGGGUAUCAGCCUGCUAGAUGAUGAGCUCAUGUCACUAGCCUCUUUCUAUUGUUGUUUUCACUCAGGACUCAAUGACGUAACGCCCAACUCUACCCACACUCCUCAGUCGGGAGACUGGAACUCCUUUCAGUGUUCUGACAGUGUAGAGCCAGUCGUCCCAGUGAUGCCUACUGCAACAGUGUUGCUACCGGCCGUGACCCCUAUCCCGCAGGCUCCAUCAGGGGGGGCCCCCGCUGCUUCCCCUAAAGCCCUGGAUGAGUUAGACCUGCUGGGCAAGACCCUGCUGCGUCAGUCCCUACCCCCGGGGACGCAGCACGUCAAUUGGGAUAAACUGCAGCCCCAGUCCAGACCCACCCUGCGAGACCUCCAGACCAAGUCCAGUACCAACACUACUAGUACCUCCACCCCCAGCCCUGUCCCGGCCUUCCCCUCGGAGCAGCCUGGGUCUCUCCUAGACUCCCUGCCCAGCCUCGGGCCUCCUACCCCAGCCGCCCAGAACGACAUCUCCUUAGCUAACGUGACUGUGCCCCUGGAAUCAAUCAAGCCCAGCAGCUUGUUACCAGUGACUGUAUUUGACAAGCACAGUUUGCGGGUGCUGUUCCACUUUGCCCGUGACUCUCCUCCCUCUCGGCCUGACGUGCUGGUAGUGAUCAUCUCCAUGUUGUCCUCCGCCCCCAUACCAGUCACCAACAUCCGCUUCCAGUCUGCAGUACCCAAGGUGAUGAAGGUGAAGCUACAGCCUCCUUCAGGAACUGAGCUUCCAGCCUUCAACCCCAUCUUACCCCCAGCUGCCAUCACACAGGUCCUACUGCUGGCUAAUCCUCACAAGGAGAUGGUCCGGUUGCGAUACAAGCUCACAUUCAACCUGGGAGAAGAAUCACACGAUGAAUCCAGCGAUGUAGAACAGUUCCCCCCUCCAGACACCUGGGGGAACCUUUAGUGGGACUGAUCAACUUCCUGUCACCUGAUCCGCUGCUUCCCUUAGGUGUAGGUCGAAGGUCCCCCCCAAGCACUGGUCCAGGGAAAGAUGGCGUUUUUACAUUGUGAUGGUUACGGGAAAUCUGGUCUUAGACCUGUUAUUUGGGAUCGGUUUCUCCCUUAAGGGUCACACCAAAUGUGUGCUGUUGACAUCUGACUGCUGACUUUUUCGUGUAAUUCUUACAUGUAAAAUCGGUUUGCAAAUUACGUCCGGUACUCUGUUCAGAGGUGCUAACUACUCUCGGCAGGCAAACGCUAUUGGUGUGUCCGUGCCCUUAUGUCUUCCCAUUUGUUAUGGAUUGAAUAUCGGCAGGGAAAGCUGAUCCUAGAUAAGUUAUUUGUGGGCAGUUUCUCCCUUAUGCCUUCCCAUGUGUCCCAUCCAUGAUCCGCCACCCCAUGUCCCUAUGUUGUCAUCUUUCAUACUCCAUUUUGUGUUUUUCUUCAUUCCAUUGACUACUACAAUCAGCCCUUAGUCUCCAAUGCAUUACUGUAUAAUAACCACCUCACGAUCUGUCCAAAACAAAUCAUUGCUGUGAGUUCUGAGAGAACAAGUUGAAGCCUUUUAAACUGAAUGUGGUGGGACUGUUUCUCUCAGGCCUAUGCCUGAUAGCAUUAUUCUGCUCAAAUAGUGUAGUCCAAAGUAUUUUCUUUUUAUUAUUUGUACGGUGUAAGACCAGUUGGGUCUGUGAGUGUGUAAUAUAAGUUGGGCAGUAGGUGUCUAAAGCUGUAACAAAUGUAUAUCCUGUCCAAUCUUCUGUGAAGGAAUAUCCAAUCUAUGACGUUUUUAUUCAUUCUAUUGAAAUCACAUGAUCAUAUUGUUUUGAUUUGAUCUAAACAGCAAUUUGUUGCUGUUCCUAUUUUUCCCCCGUUUAAGUGAUUUCAUUCACUACACGAUGCAUGCACUUCCUGUUUGUUUGGUUUUGCACAUGAAUAUGAUUCCCUCAUUUGCUGUCCUCUGUUCCACCUUCAGCUGUUGACGUUGACCCAAAGGGAGAGGCGUUAGUUGAGUACUGAGUUGUCAGUGCUGACACCGUUUAAAUCUGCCGUAUGUGCCUAAAGCUGAGAGUUUGUUCUUUAUGUAUCUUGGUAUUACAUUUUUUUUUUUACCUUCCAUGUACAUAUGAAUGCUAAUUUGUUUGUCAAAUUUUUUCCCGUUUCGGAGUCGGACUACUGAUUUUCUUGUUAUGACAUCUGGUUAUGCUUCCUUUGGUGCGAGAUGUGAAAUUGUCAUUGAUGAUGCGUCCGUUCAAUCUCGGGGCGACCAAUCAUAUCCGCAAGGGACAGUGGAGGCGGAAGCUUUUGCUCCAGUCAAGUAGUACCACACCCGAUUCAAUCAAUAAAAUGAUUUAUUGAAGACUAAGAUUAGUUGAUCAGGUAUCAUGUUAGUGCUGGGCUAGAAGUAAAGCCAGCAGCCCCACCUGUCCAUUGCAGAUAGUCAUCCACCCCUGGUCCAACCAUGCAGCAGCUGCAUCUCUCACGUCAUUCUGCAGCUCCCCUCCACAUUCCACCUCCCUGCCUUUAUUACCUAGCCUGCGUCCCAGAUCUGUUUGUGCAGUCUUGCAAACUCAAUGACUAGGAGCUGGUAAAACAGAUCUGGGACUCAGGCUUCCUAUUUCUUGCUCUGACUUUGUAAAUAAUAAGAAUGGUUCUGCAAUUAUGUACAUUUGCCAAAAAAAGUAUAAUUACAAAGAGCAAAUAAAUAUUGAGGGGGGAAUGGUGAGAAUGUAGUGCAAAUAUGUAUUUAAGGGAAAUAAAGUUAUUCUUUUUCUUGGGGGUUUAAAUGGA